AUGGCACUCCUAACGCUGCGCAGUGUGUAUCCAUCGGCUCGCUCUCUUUACUUAUUCUCUCAUAUAUGUAGCACAUGUAUUACACUUGUCAAUCACAAAUAUUGCUUUACAUCUGUCAAAGGAAUUUAUUACGAGGGACGCCAAGUGAAAAGUAGAUACAAUGCAAUUAUAUACAAUGACACGAAACGACACCAUCAUCACCAAGAUGGAACAUGUGGAGGCGAGCUUGAGAGAUACCUUAUACAAGGUCGAUGUGAUUGAAAGAAAACUAAAGACGAAAAUACUUACUGCAGAAAAUCGAGAGAAAUUAGAGAACGAACUGGAAGAAGUUAAGAAAGUUCUCAGGCAGAACGAAAAGGAGCUGCAAAGCUUGAGAAAGGAAAACUCUAAGUCUUUCGUGUUAACAGCGUGCUUGGUAUUCGUGUGCUUCCUCAUCUAUGGAAUAUAUUCAUUAAUUUUUGGAAACGUUUAAUGUCUAAAUUGUAAUACUAAUUUAUCUGCUCUUUGUAAGUUUUUUAUAAGCAGUACAAUUGUCAGCGUACAGUUUACUAAUUGCCAAUUACGCCACAGAUUUUAUAAACUUCGAAUUCAUUUUAUAAAAUGUAUACAGAAAGUGAAUUUAUAAUAUUUUAAUUUUGAUAUCUUUUUUACUGUUAGUCAAUUAGCUAUAUAAUCAUUACUGUCUUAUUGCGAAUAAUGUUGCCAAUAAUACUAGCCGGGUGUGUAUGUGUGUGCUCAUGUAUGAGAUAUUUUAAAUAGAAAUAUUAUUUAAAAGUGUACUACAUCAAGAUAAAUAGUACCAUUGUAAUUAAUAUAUUUCGGAUAUAUGCAUAGGAUACAUGCAAGAAUUUGUUCGAAAUAUUCUGUGUAUAUAUAAUCAUAUGUGUAUUUGCCAAAAAAUAUAUAUAUCUAUAUACAUAUA